CGCUUCUAUUUAUUAUUCAACACCACCUCUUCAUCUUUCUCCUUAUACCUUUCCCUUCCUCUUCGUCCUCUCAUGCUGUCGCUGUCUCUAUAUUUAAGAAUUUGGGGGUUUUAGAUGACCAUGGAUCCGAAUUCCACUGAAACCUUUGAUUACAUCAAUGGUUUCAAAGUUGAAGACUAUGCAUUCCACAAUGGAUUUCAAUUUGAUAUCCCAUCUCCAGAUCUUAACUUUAUACCUCCUGAACCCGACCCUGGCAUCUUUGUUCCAUCCAUUACAAGUUCAGAUGGUAGCUCUUUUUCAGGCUGGAGUCCGGUUGGGGAGUCUGAUUCACCUCCUACUGACAGUGACUCAACCGAUCCAGUCCUCAAAUACAUUAGCCAGAUGCUUAUGGAAGAAAACAUGGAAGACAAGCCUCAUAUGUUUAAUGAUUAUUUGGCUCUCGAAGACACCGAAAAAUCCUUAUAUGAAGUCAUCGGUGAGCAAUAUCAUUCGAAUACUCAAAUAGAGAGUCCUAAUAGUAAUCUUUAUGGUAGUAAUGGCCAUUCGAAUACUCAAAUGGAGAGUCCCAACAGUAAUAUUUCUGGUAGUAAUGGCCAUUCGAAUACUAGUGUUGGCACUGGCAGUGACUGUAGUUAUUAUGUCGAUCAUCGCGGUGUUGGUGAAAUUGGAGGGUCUGCUCUUUCCUUGUCACAGGCUCCUUACUCUUUGCAGCCCACUUUGGAACAGUCUGGUCCACAUUUUAGUGUAAACUCGGUUAAUAGCUCGAGUAACAUUGGUAAUGGGAUGAUGGAAUCUUCGGUUAGAGAGCUUCUUGUUAAGAACAUCUUUAGUGAUAAGGAAUCUAUGUUGCAGUUCCAGAGAGGGUUUGAGGAGGCCAGUAAGUUCAUUCCUAGUAAUGAACAACUAGUUAUUGACCUAGAGAGCAACACAUUUCCCAUUGGGAAAAGGGGGGAUGUACCAAAAGUUGUAGUCAAGGCGGAGAAGGAUGAGAGGGAAAGUUCAUCUGAUGGGUUGGCGGGUAGGAAGAAUCAUGAUCGUGACGAUUGGGAAUUGGAAGACGAGAGGAGCACCAAGCAAUCGGCAACUUAUAUAGAAGAGAGUGAUCUGUCUGAAGUAUUUGAUAGGGUGUUACUUUGUACUGAAGGAAACAAUAUGUGUGGUACCAAUGGAACUGUGAAGCACAGAGAAACCAAUACGUUGCAGCAGAAAGAUCUGUUGAAUGGAUCUAGUGUUGGAAAAACUCGGUCUAAGAAAACAGGGAAUAAGAAAGAAACUGUGGAUUUGAGGACUCUUCUGAUUCUAUGCGCACAGGCUGUUUCUGCUGAUGAUCGUAGGACAGCGAAUGAACUGUUAAAGCAGAUUAAAGAGCACUCAUCCCCUCAUGGUGAUGGAACUCAGAGGUUGGCGUAUUUCUUUGCAGAUGGCCUCGAGGCACGGUUGGAUGGGAGUGGAGCUCUAGUUCACAAUUGUUUUGCUUCUCUAGCUUCCAAGAAGACAACAGCUGCUGAUAUGUUGAAAGCUUAUAAAGCUUACCUUUGCGCUUGUCCAUUUACGAAGCUAGCAAUUGUCUUUGCAAACAAAACGAUUUACCGUGUGUCUCAGAAAGCAAGUGUCCUUCAUAUUGUAGAUUUUGGUAUUCUGUAUGGUUUCCAAUGGCCCAUUCUUAUCCAGCAUCUCUCAAAGAGACCUGGAGGGCCUCCUAAGCUACGCAUAACCGGACUCGAGAUUCCCCAACGUGGUUUCCGCCCAGCAGAAGGAAUUGAAGAGACAGGUCGUCGCUUGACAAAGUAUUGUGAGCGUUUUGGCAUUCCAUUCGAGUACAACCCGAUAGCAGUUGAACACUGGGAAACCAUCCGGAUUGAGGACAUGAAGAUCAAUCGCAAUGAGAUGCUUGCCGUGAAUUCUCUUUUCCGGUUUCAGAAUCUACUUGAUGAGACCGCCGAGGUGGACUGUCCGAGGAAUGCCGUGUUGAAAUUGAUCAGGAAAAUGAACCCAGAUAUUUUUGUUCACAACAUAGUGAAUGGAGCUUACAAUGCGCCCUUCUUUGUUACAAGGUUCAAGGAGGCUCUAUUCCAUCUCUCUGCAAUAUUUGACGUAUUCGAGAACACAUUACCUCGUGAGGAUCCAGCUAGGUUGAUGUUCGAGAGGGAGUUUUACGGGUGGGAAGCAAUGAACGUUAUAGCAUGUGAGGGCUCGGCAAGGGUUCAGAGGCCAGAAACAUACAAGCAAUGGCAGAUUCGUACGAUCAGAGCAGGAUUCAAGCCGCUUCCGUUGGAGCAAGAACUGAUGAAAUUAGUCUGUCAUAAGUUGGAGGCUUGUUACCACAAAGAUUUCGUAAUUGAUGAAGACAACAACUGGAUGCUGCAGGGAUGGAAGGGCAGAAUUCUUUAUGGUUCGUCGUGUUGGGUACCUGCAUAGGAGCCUCGACCGGAAUAUCGGCUGCAACCAAGGAGGCGUACCUGCAUAGGAGCCUGGACCGGAAUAUCGGCUACAAGCGAGAUCGCCUCCGAGACAUUCCUUUGGAAAGGAUAGUUUCAAACUAUGGGGAAGCUAACACCCCAGUUCACACACACAUCGUUUGUAUACAUACAUGCUUUGCUGUUUUUCAUAUUGAGAUGUGUAAUCAAAUAGUAAUUCCUCU